AUGGCCAUAAUACCAGAAGCUCUUUCGGGAUCACCCGAGGUGAACAAUAAGUACAUGGACAAGUAUGAAAUUGUCUGUGACAUGGGAGAAGGCUUUGGAAAAUGGAAAAUGGGCCCCGAUGAGGAGCUUAUGCCGUUAAUCGACGUCGCCAACAUCGCGUGCGGAUUCCACGCGGGCGACUUCAACAUCAUGGCCAAGAUGGUCAAGCUUGCCAAGAAAUACGACGUCAAGGUCGGCUCGCAUCCAGGGCUGCCUGACCUGCUUGGUUUCGGAAGACGGAGGUUUGCCAUUCCACCAGACGAAAUCUUCAACUUGGUCAUGUACCAGACAGGCGCUCUAAAGGCGUUUUUGGAUGCCGAGGGCAUGCCACUUAACCACAUCAAGCCGCAUGGAGAACUCUACUUCUACGUGGAGCGCGACGAGGAGGUGAUGAGAGCGGUUUUACGGGCAGCACAGAUUUUCAAAGUUCCCGUGGUCGGAGCCAAAAACGCUCACUACGAGAAAGUCGCCAAGGAGAUGGGCGUCGAUCUCAUCCAAGAGCUGUACCUUGACGUUGAUUGGUCUGCUGACGGAAAACUUGUCCCUCCUGCCCUCUCCAGAGCUAAAAACCCAUCUAUCAUAUACAACGACCUGGUGGAAGUGGCCGAGACGGAUGAACUCUCAUGCGUUUCCGGAGAAAAAAUCAAAUUCAAUUUCGGUGAGACCCCAUUCAUGCUUUGUUUGCACUCAGACAUGCCUACGGCCCUUGGAAAUGAUUUCCUGUGA